UUUUAAUUGAAUUUAUUCUUAAUUGAACUCAGUAAUAUUUGCCUGAUCUAUUUAUCUUUGAUAAAUACCAAUCAAGAAUUAGGUAACAUCUCUUGUCACUCAUUAACUUGGCUGGUCAUCCUAUCCCUUGGAUUUCUACUUGCAAAGUUCAAACCAGCACCAGUACGGAUGAUACAUUGUUUAACGUUUACUUAAAAGAGUUGUUUAAACGCUUUUGAAAGGAGGCGGACGCUAAGCAAUAUAAUUCUCAAGAAGAAGUUGUCCUUUACCAAAUUUUAGACAGGAGCUUUCUAUAGCUCCUUGCAUAUGACUUUUAAAUUCUCUCUUUUUACGUGUUUUUUUCGCUCUUUCUACCAGCUCUCCUUUAUUUAUAAUUAAUUUAAUCUUAUAGAAUGUAUUCUGACAGUGCUGAAUACGCAAGAAAUCCCAUGGUCGUAUCAGAAAUAUCAAGCCCAUUACGUUCUGCUAGUGCAAGUACUGGUAAUUUGCACCAAAUACGCUCCCGUAAUCGCUCAACUUUGAGUACUUCAAUGCAAUCAGAUCCUCAUUUAGCUUCUAAGAUUGGUGCUUACUAUCUUUCCAAUGUUCAGUCUAACAUUCCUUUUGAGACGGAUAAAAUAACACCAGCUUAUGGUAUUGGUGAUAUGAUUGCUCCUGAAAUGAACGAUUCUCGGAGUCCAAAUGUGUCUAGUGCUAGUAGUAAAAAGAUCGGUCUCUAUUCACGCCCAAAUGUUUCUUCUUCAAGCAUGUUAUUGACGAUUAAACGAGCUACGUCUGAAGAUUAUCCAUCGGAUAAGCAACAAAGAGACGGACCUAUAAAUAGAGAAUUUCUGCCUAAGAAGUCGAUAUCUACCACCUUUACUCCUACACCGUCUCGUAUGUCUCACGAAGUAUCACGCACUGCUUAUCCAACACAAUCAACUGAUUCUUUACACCGAAGCACUACACCAAGACAUUCAUCACCUUUACAGAAGCAGGUCACAAUCGAUUUGCCUUUUACUUUGCCCAUCUCGGAAGAGGAGCAACUAGACUGGAUUCGCGAAAAUGAAAAUUUAGCCCAUUCUAUGAACCCUGACGAUUGCUUAGAAUGGUCAGAAUACGUCCUUCGUUUUACUUUGGUUUAUCUUCCGUAUUUGCAAAAUUAUGAUAGCGGAAACUAUGACGAAAUUGACUAUUUAGAGAAUGUAUGUGAAACUGCCCUUGAUAAAAUUCGGGAAUAUUCAAGAGCUGAAAAUGCUCGUGCUCUUUAUCAUGACGGUUAUACUUAUGAAUCCGGUGCCUUUGAUGUUGAAGUUGACCUUCAACAAGCUUGGGAACUGUAUUCUGCUUCUGCCAAACUCGGUUAUACUCGAAGUCUUUAUAGACUUGGUGUAAUUCUAGAGGACCAAGGAAGCCUGCAAGAGUCCAUCGAAUACUUUGAACAAGGUGCUAGCUUUAAAGACAGUGCUUGUUGUUGGAGAUUAGCUUUAUUGAUUCUUGAAGGAAUGCUUGAUAAUAUUGGAACAUAUGCUCAACAACGCUCUCGCGCUAUUGAACUUUUAGAACUGAGUGCUAACAAUGCUGAUGCUGAUGUCCCUUCUGGAUUGUAUAGCUAUGCCCUUUUGAAUUUACAUGAGCACCCUGGAUUGGUCGAUUUAGAUGCGGAGGGCUUAGCUAUUCCCAUAAAUGAGCGACGUGCGUUAGAAUGCUUUGCACGAGCUGCAUUCCUGGGACAAUCUUCUGCUUUGUUACGUAUGGGUGCAGUCUAUGAAUUCGGAAAGUGCGGCUGUUUUAUAAGUCCAAAGUAUUCUGUGCUCUAUUACUCUGCUGCCUCUAAACAAGGUGAAACUGAGGCAGAUUUUGCGCUUGCUAAGUGGUACCUGAAUGGUGCUACUGAUGUUCCAGUUGAUGAAGAUCAAGCCUUUGUACAUGCUGAGCGAGCAGCAAUGGCAGGAAAUGCCAACGCCCAGUUUUUAUUGGGAUACAUCUUUGAAAGUAAAAACAAUUCAGAACAGGCUCUUUACUGGUACACGGAAGCCUCUAAUAAUGGACACGUGGAAGCUGCUGAGGGUUUGGAGAGUUUGAAGGAAUUGUUGAAAAAUGGUGAAAGUCUUCCUCCUACUAGUACGUCAAAUGACUCACAUGGUGCUGCAAACUAUAGCAGUGCACCUUCAACACCCUAUAUUACUUCUCAAUCGCAGGACGAUACCUCAAAUGCAGCCAUUACGAAGUCUGUCCCUGAGACUACGCCGGCAAAGCCUGUGGUGCAGAAGGUACCAGUUACAAAGAAGACAACGAAAGGUAAAUUUCGUAAACAUUUGAAUUGUGUGAUAGCUUAGACUUAAGAGGAUGAAUUGGCAUUUAGCUUAAGAUAUUUACUGGAGCACUGUUUACAUUGCAUUAAGUGGCAGAUUACCUACUUUACAAUUUAUUAGCAUUAUGAUUUAUAUGCAUACACACUUUAUUAUUGUUGUCAUUAUGGCUUUUGGCUGACUAUUUAUUAAAGAUGCUCAGAAAUUUGAUUCUUUCAUUUCAUAAAUUAUGGGUGAUUUGACAAAUUUAUGGCAUUUUUAAUUUCCGCAAUAUUGUCAAAGCGUACACUCGUUUUCAAGAAUUUACUUUCCGUUAUACAUAUAUUUGGGUAGCACAAAUAGAGGAUCUAUUAUUACAUGAGUAUAUGAGAAAUAGAAUGUUAUUUUAAUAUUUUCAUCCAAAAUCCUAAC